CACAUGACAAAAACCAAUAACAAAACAACUGACAUAUAAAAGUGACGUGUUAUUAUCACCGCGAGAAACUUGUUUUUUGAAUUGGUUAGCAGAAAUAAUUAUAACAUAAACUAAUUUUAUCUCAAAAUCGAUAAGGCGUUUCAUCACGUUCGUCCACGUAUAAUUACAUUGACAGGUGUAAAAAUGCUUCGGUUCAUAAUAUUAGCGGCGUUUCUGCAAUGUACAAUAUGUCAACAAUAUCAACAAAAAGUCGCUCCGGGAGUUCCCCCACAGAAUUAUCAGAAUUAUCAACCACCACCGCCACCUCCGGCUCCUCAUCAGCAACAAUUCCAACAGCCACCGCAGCAACAACAAUUCCAGCAGCAGCAACAGUUUCAACAACAACAACAGCAAUACCAACAACAGGUUCCUGUACAACAAGUACCUGUGCAACAAGUGCCCGUACAACAAGUCAAUGCACAACCACCACACGGCCAUGGGCAUGGUCAUGACCCACAAGUUUUGAAUGCAGCAAAUAUUGCCCAAGAAAGAGAUCACAUUCAAGAACAUAUGGAUGUACCAAUUGACACUUCAAAAAUGUCAGAUCAAGAAUUGCAGUUCCAUUAUUUCAAAAUGCAUGAUGCGGAUAAUAACAACAAAUUGGACGGAUGUGAAUUGAUCAAAUCGUUGAUCCAUUGGCAUGAACAAGGGCAUAAACAACAACCACAACAGAAUCAGCCGCCCGCUGGAGAGAAAAUAUUCAAAGAUGAUGAAUUAAUCAAUUUAAUAGAUCCCAUUUUAAAUAUGGACGAUCAUAAUAGAGACGGUUAUAUAGACUAUCCGGAGUUUGUUCGCGCGCAACAGAAGAACCAGAAACAAGACGGAUAGUUGCCAUAGAUUAUGCUAGGUCAAUAUUCCGCUGUCAUUUUGAUUAUCUUGACACAUUCCAUGUUGAAUUUGAAAUAUCAAAGUUAACCCUAUUGAAUCUAUUUUUCGUAAUGUCAUUAUUUUAACUACUAAUAUAUUUUUAAAUUUUAGGCUACAUAUACUUAAACAAAACAAUUUUGUCUUAUUUAAGAACAAAAUAUAUAGACUAAAUGAAUGAAGAUAAUCAAAAUGAUUAAUAAAUUACUCGAAUUAAUAUGAAAAUGUUACGGAUGUGAUAGUGUAUAUAUCUAAGCACAAAUUGUAUUUUUUUUAAUUGAUGUUGCAUACAAAUGUUGUCUAUGACAAUGCAUAAACAAAUUUUACGUUAAACUUUUUAAAUUAUGCUCAAUGUUUUGUAUAUUUGAGAUUAAAGAUCUAUCGGUGCUCCUCUCGAAUUUACGAAUCUUUUUUUUAAUACAUAACAAUUAUUGCAAUUCGUUCGGUAUUUAAUUUAAAAAAAAUUGUGUCAUUAGACAAUAAUAAUAAUUUAUAGUCUAUGGAACUGUGACGUAAUCUGUCUAAUUGAAGUUUUUUUAUGACAGUUAUCUAAAACUAAUUUGCCAUGGGAAUACAAAUAAAAGAGUUGUGAAAAUAAAACAGCAGUAUUGUUUUGUGAUGAAAAAAACACAAAAGAUGAGACUCAAAUGGUGCGAUUUUUGUAAUUUUUAGUUUUAUAAAAAAGGAGUUAUAUUACUAAUUAUACCGCAGGAUCAGAUAUUACAAGCUAUGGGGACAUCAAUUAAAUUUGUUAAUUGAUUUUUAAUAUUAUUGAAUGAUUGAUGUUCUUACGGUACGGUAUGUAUUUUUGGGAAUUUGUAUAUUUUGUCCGUUUGUGUUGGUUGUGUAUAAUGUUGGAUUAUUAAAUUUUUACAAUAU